UUCAAUAUCACAAGACAGAGAAAUAUUUAUUUUUGUACUGAUAGGGUAGUUGGAACAGGUAAAAAGUGGACAUGGAGAUUAGGGGCAUUCUUUUCAAGAGACUUUUCCUUUCAUUUGGACAAAGAGCAUUUGUAACAUCAACUGUACCUACCACAAAGCUGUUUAUCAAUGGAAAGUUUGUAGAAUCAAGUGCUUCUAAGUGGAUAGAUGUACAUAAUCCUGCUACUAAUGAGGUUGUUACUCGAGUUCCAAUCUGUCCAAAAGAAGAAAUGGAAGAGGCAGUUGCCUCAGCAAAAGCUGCUUUUAAAAGCUGGUCCAAUACUUCUAUCCUGACACGACAACAGACCAUGUUCCAUUACCAAAGCUUGAUAAAAAAAAAUAUGAAAAGAUUAGCAGAAAGUAUUACAGAAGAGCAGGGUAAAACAUUAGUGGAUGCUGAAGGGGAUGUGUUUAGGGGACUACAGGUUGUAGAGCAUGCUUGCAGUGUGACUUCCUUGCAGCUUGGUGAAUCUUUACCAUCCAUAGCCCAAAACAUGGACAUUCACUCUUACCGUAUCCCUCUUGGGGUUUGUGCUGGAGUCACACCUUUUAACUUUCCUGCCAUGAUUCCACUUUGGAUGUUCCCUUUGGCUCUUGUUUGUGGCAAUACCUUUGUAUUGAAGCCUUCUGAGCGAGACCCUGGAGCUUCAAUGAUACUCAUGGAACUUUUAAAAGAAGCUGGUGUCCCAGAUGGUGUAGUAAAUGUAAUCCAUGGACAGCAUGAAGCUGUGACAUUUAUAUGUGAACAUCCAGAUAUUAAAGCAAUUUCUUUUGUGGGAUCUGAUCAGGCAGGGAAGUACAUCUAUGAAAGAGGAUCUAAGAAUGGUAAACGUGUUCAGAGUAACAUGGGUGCCAAGAACCAUGGAGUCGUUAUGCCUGAUGCAAACAAAGAACAUACACUUAAUCAGGUAAGUAGAGAUCAGUUUCUUACUACAGGAUUGUGGAUGAAAAUCACACAAGUUGAAUAAGAUAUAAAAUCAUUA